CGGCAGCGCGCAGGCGCCGUCGGGGCGGGGGCGGAGCGGCGGCCGGGCCCGGUCCCGUCUGGCGCCGGCCGCCAGUCCACCGUCGGUCAGGAGUGGCCCGCUCCGCCCGCGUGAACUCGUACCCCGUCCGCAGCCCGCACCACGCCGCAGCCAUGGCCUGCUGGUCGGAAAACUACCACUUCAUCAAGGAAGUGUACGACUUCCGAGUGGAGGAGAUGAACAAGUGGAUGGACGCGCUGGAGGAGAGCAGCAAGAAGCUCAUCACCAACAAGGUCUACACGUCCAGGGAGUUCCGCCGCAUGCGCGAUCAGUUCAGGGCGGUGGAGCGCCCUGUAGAGACGUUUUAUCUCCGUCGUUGGAUCGCAUGCAGCGGGCUAGUACCAGUGCAAGAACCUGAGGCGUGAGGAGCUGAAGCAAUGGCUGCACGAGAUGCUGAAGCUGCUGAACCAGAAGUCAGACCAGAACCUGGAGACGGAGAAGAAGCGGCUGGAGGCGCUCAUCCAGAGGCAUACGGAGGUGCUGCCAGGAAUCGAGGAGAACAUGCGCAAGGUGGAUGUGUACUCUCGCUGCUACCAGUACGUGGACGACAUCACUCCGCUGCUCAAACUGCUCGAGGACCUGCGCAGGAAAUCGACAGAGGAUGAGCACGACAAGAAGCCCGAUCAGGGUGGAAUCAAGAUUCACCCGGACAGCACGGAGCAGGUGACCACCUUCAUCGAGAACCAGGAGGCCAACAUCGCCAAGGUUGAGGAGAAGCGCGGCGAGAUCGCACAGCUGCUGAAGCGCGGAGAGAAGCUCGAAGGCCAGGCCGACUGUCCCGACUUCCUCAAGGAGCAGGUCAAGGGGCUCAGUGAGCUGUUUGUCGACACCGAGAAGAAGGCCAAGCUCAAGCUGGAGGUGCUUAGGAACAACGAGAAGGCGUGGCAGGAGUACGAGGAGGACAAGGUCUCCAUGGUGAACCUGCUCGACCAGGCCGAUGAGAAGCUGCGCAAUAUCAGGAAGCUGUUCGACCCGCAGCAGGGUGCCGAGGACCUGGCCAUGCGCACCGACCAGGCCGCGCGCACCCGUGAGGCCUGCGAGGCCUGCUUCAACAAACUCAAGGGCAACGUGGAGAUCAUCUGCAGCAUCUGCUCGCCAGACAAGAAGGAGGAGCUCGGCAAAAUUAUGACCGGUUUUGAGGAGCGCAUGGCGGUGCUGAACACCACUGAUGAGCGCAUCAACAAGCUGAAGGCCUACACCGCCGACCUGCAGACAUUCGUGGACAAGAAGGAAGCCUCGCUCAAGUGGCUGGUCACCGGCGAGAACCAGCUGGUGGAGCUGAUGAAGUUCCCCGGCGAGGACAAGUCCGACGAGAAGCUGCUCAUGACGGUCAAGAUGCAGAAGGACAUGGAGACCCAGCUCAACAUCCUCUCCGAGCUGAUCACCGAGUCGGAGCGCCUGCUCGGAGGAAAGACGCACUCUGUGGCCGAGAACCACCUGCUGGAGGUGGAGCGGGUCAAGAACAAGCUGGAGGAGCUGAACGCCAAGCUGAAGGAGGUCUCCGGAGAGAUCUCCGAGGACCUCCACCACUGGGCCGACUACCAGUCGGAGCUCAAGACGUUCCAGCCGUGGGUCAAUGAGGUUGAGGAAAGGAUCAAGGCUGGUCAGAAGAAGCCCACCAGCCUGGCCGAGGCCCAGGAGAUGCUCAAAUCAGUCCAGGACUUCGACCAGGACAUCAAGACCCGUCUGGGUAACCUGGACAACAUGACGGAGACGGUGACGAAGAUGACCCAGCACGAGAAGGCUGACCGCGAGAUCGCCGAGUGCCGCGAGCGCCGCGAGAAGGCCGAGAAGGUCUCCGCUGAGUGGGUCAUCAAGACCGAGAAGCUGGUCAAACAGUGGGAGGAGCUCAACGCCACGGUGACGGAGGUGCAGGGCUGGGUGGCGGCUGCGGAGAUGAAGGGCGAGACGCCCACCCAGCAGACCGUUGACGACACCUGCAACAAGCUCAAGGCCUACUUUGCCGAGAAGCAGAAGCUGGUCGACGCGCUGUGAGAAGCCGCAGGGAGGGAGCAGAGAAGGACCGACAGCCGUGCCAAGACGCCGCCGGAAUUUGGCGUCGCCCCAGAUUUCGCGGUCACUGGCUACUUGUUACUUGCUCUUACAUGUUAUUAGAGAGGUGGCAGAGGAGUGGUCGGUUGGUUGGUAAGGGGGUUAUUACCUGGUGAAUAAUGCGUCUUUCCGGCAGAUAAGAAUAUUCAAAAAUGCUAAAAAUUGGUCACUUACGCCAUUAUAAGAAAUAAGGCAAUAAUGGCUAGCUUGGCCAUUGCCCAAGUGCAAAAUAGCAUAAAAGGGCUAUUUGUACUCAUGGGUUUGAACGAAAGUCAUAAGCACUAGCUAUAAGCGUGCUUAGGAAUCGCUUUAUUCCGAGACUGAACUUUACUUCGAAACCAUGCAAAAGAUAAAAAAGCUGACGAACCUUGAGCGAGGAAGACGAUAUAGCCUCUGGUUAUGUUUGUCUCUUCGAGUUGGGGAAUUUCAACGCUUUGUGUGCUCCAGAGCGAUGAACUAAGCCUAAUCUGUUCGUUAUCUUACAUUUAGAGGGGUCUGUGACGGAAAUUAUGAUAAGACAAUUCUUUGCACGUUUACAAGAUAUUAAAACUUAUUUGAUUUUGCAUUGUUAAGUCUUCUUACUUCUCUCAGGAAUAAUCAUUCUUUUCACUUUAAUUUGACGUGUUCUCCAUUUUUGUUUGUCUUCUCUCCCCGUACACUAGUUUUCUAUCUUUUUAUGUUGCACUUUUCAGGUUUCGAGUUUUUGGUACCCUUAUACUUUCAGUGAUUUCUUUUUCUUUUUCUUCCAUUUUUAGAAUGCAACGAUGAACACUGUAUUGCUGGUUGAUCUUCCGCACUGGUCUUUUACAAUAAAUGUAGAAAAAAAUGACCGUGGUGUGCUGUUUGGAGCUGUGGUACCUGUAUAGAUAUAUCUUGAUUGAUCAGGAAAUGGUUAUUUGAGGACCCAAUGCUGCAGUUCUUUGACCUAAGAGAAUAAAGUGCCACUUCCAAA